AUGUACGGAUUUCGUUGUCGUGUUCCAUGGUCUCGUUAUGCUAUGUUGGCUGCAUCAGGAUCUCGAAGCUUUAGAUGUUGUUCUGUCCACGCUUUUCGGUAUACUUAUCUUUUUUCUCUAGGUACUCCAAAACGGAUAACCUCAAAGAUCAAUUCACUGAAAAAUGUCCAUUAUAAGCCGGGAGGUGGCACUGUAAGUAUUGUCAAUGAAAAAGUUCAGUUGGGCCCAAUCGCCAGCAAAUGUAACUCGUUCGCCAAUGUGAAACACAAACCAGGUGGUGGAAACGUAGUUAUUGUGGACGAAAAGCUUGACCUCACGGGAGUCCAUUCGAAGAUAAGUUCUUUAAAGAACGUCAAACAUGUUCCUGGUGGUGGUCAGACGCAGAUUAAGACCUAUAAGUUGAAUUUCACAGAAAAUGCCACCUCUAAGAUAGGGCGUUUAUCCAAAAUGACCCACACUCCCGGAGGUGGUAAUGUGCAAAUUAAAAAUGAUAGGUUGAACUUCUCAGCAAAUGCCGCUCCCAGAAUAGGACGUUUGUCCAAAAUUACCUACACUCCUAGCGGUGGUCAGGUACAAGGGUCUGAUCCAAGAGGAGCAAUAUCAUCGGUGUACCCGAUGUCUAUGAGCGAACGCCUCCGGAGUGUUUCGAUCCCCAGGGGGGAGGCAAAUAAAGAACACGCAAGUAGUGUAUCGAUUUCGAAGUUAAGGAGAAAGGGCGAUAGAGGGCAUUUUUGCCGGACACUCAUUGUUGCGGUAAACUCAGGAAAGAAUUCGCCGUGGAUGCGUACCCUAGGAGGAGGCAUGGCUCCCUACAGCUUCCAAUUCACAGCGCCAUACGGAGUUUGCGGUAACCUACCGGUUUUCGCAGGACUCCGGAACUCGCUCUUUAAAACUUUUGGUUGUAAUACUCUAUUGCAGUUCAUCGGAGGUCCCCCCCGCAAGCGUAGUUCAUCAAUAAGAAACGAUAAGUUAAAUUUCUCGGAAAACGCCACUCCCAGAGUAGGGCGUUUGUCUCAAAUGACCCACACGCCAGGUGGCGGCAAUGUACAAAUUAGGAAUGAGAAGCUAAACUUCACUGAAAACGCUUCUCCUAAGAUAGGUCAUUUGUCCAAAAUGACCCACACACCGGGCGGUGGCAAUGUGCAAAUUGUCUCACACAAGUUGGAGUUUGACAAAACGGCCAAGUCAAAAAUUGGCUCUCUUAAGAACGCCCAACAUCGAGCUGGGGGUGGAGAUGUCCAAAUCUUUCGGGAGCAACUACCUUGGUUAAAAUACAACAAGCCGAAUCUUCCACCAGAGGAGCGUGCAAGAAUCAAUAAGCAGAGGUCGCUCAGUCAUAGCGAGAUGUCCAACUCCAUCAAUUCUAGCAGCACAU